CAAGCAGUUCGCUGCUAGAGUGGUUUGCCUUUCCAGACAAUCAGGUUUUCUGGUGCUCAGUGCCGCAGCAGAGGUCGGCUCUUUGCGGUUCGAUCGAUUCACUAUGCCCCGUUCUAGAAUAAAUAUUGCCGAAUCCAACGAUGAACAAGGCGUUGCGGUUUUUGAGGAAGAUAUCAAACCCAAAAGUCGACGUUCCAGCGCAAUAGUCGAUUCCGACAGCGAAGACGGAGACGAUGACGAUGCGGUGAGGAUGUUCAGUUCACAAGCUCCCGAGAUGUCCCAAGACAUCCGACCCGCCAGAGAUACGGAAAAGUCGAACCUUCUCAACCUCGGCGAAGAAGCUCGUGAAAAAGUAUUGACGGAUCUGUUGCGUCUUUGUUUGUUCAAGGCGCUGGCGGGCCAACCCAUCAAUCGUUCCGACUGUGCGAAAGAAGCCGGUCUCACAGACUCACGUAUUUCGAACGCCGCGUUCGAAGAAGUGAAUAUCCGUCUCCGUAACAUUUUCGACUUUGAACUCAAGCGAAUCCCCGCUUGGAUGGAACGCAUGAAAAACAUUCCAAACCGUUUCAAGGAUCGCUAUUACGCGAUCAAUGUGCUCGAAGACGACAGCGACAACGGUGCUCACAGCAAAACUAUUCAUUCGAUUCACAAAAGCGCGGCCGUUGAAAAGGGCCUUCUCAUGGUCGUGCUUGCUUUGACAUAUUGUAAGGGCGAGCCCACAAAUGAUGGAUCGCGAUGGAUAUUGGACAAGGACCUCUAUCACCUACUUCAUAAGAUUGACGAGAAUAUACACCCGGAUCCGCCCGUGCCGGGCUCCAAAAGGAAUCGUGGCACCGAAAACAAGGAUGGCGGCGAAGGAAUGACCCCAGAUGUAGAUAUUGUUCUCGCUCGUUUUGUCGAUAUGGAUUAUCUGAUUCGGGAAAAGGCUACGAAACAACAAAUGGAUGUUUGCAGCAAUGCCGAAGACACUUCGUUCUUUUUCUGUAUGGGACCACGUGCGGUGAUGGAAAUAGGGCGCAGGCAAGUCAUUUACUUUUGUGCAGAGAUUCUGGACGAAGAGCCGGAUCCGACUAUGUUGGCCGAAUUGGAACAUACCGAAGGGGUAGAAGAUGUCCCAAUGACGGCAUAA